AGCAAACUUUAUAAUUUUUUUGCAUCGUUUCUUGCAAUAUUUCCACUUUUUUUAUACAAAUACCAUGAAAACUACUGUGGUUGUUGCUCCCACUAAGAGCAGUCAUUUUGUGACCAAGCCCUGCUGUAACUCUCACACGCGGCUUUUUGACUCUGCCAUGGCUCCCGCGACUAUCGACGACGACAUCGACACAGUUAUCGAGUACCCGGAAACCGCUCAAAGCCGGCUCGAGUACAUUUCGCCCAAGACUGGCCGGCCGGUCACCAAGUUCCAAUACCGCGUGUACGAUGCUUGCCGCCAGAUUCCCAAGGGCUCGUUCACGACGUACAAGGCCAUGGCGGAUUUCCUGGCCACUGGGUCACGCGCAGUUGGUAACGCGCUAUCCAAGAACCCGUUCUGCCCGCUGCCCAUCCCUUGCCACCGGGUAAUCACAUCGGACUAUUAUAUCGGUGGGUUUAGCGGAGACACGACUAGCCUGAUAUUUUUCAAAAAGGCAAAGCUUGAAAAGGAAGGCCUGAGGUUUGACGACAAGGGGUUUGUGGCGGCGUCGUUGCAGCAGAGACAGUUUUUCAAUGAAUUUUGCGAGUAAUGCGUCUUUUUGUUUUAGUGAAGUGGGGAAUGAAUUAAGAAAUAAAAAACAAUUUUACA